AUGUAUGUGAUGUCUACUAGUGGAGAGGGUGCUGAGUACUUGUGUGUGCCGCCCGACCCGGGCAUUAGGGCCAGUGCGUCUGCCGCUCCAGGUACUCGCGUGUCGGCUACCCCAGGUGCUGCUGAGGCUGCUGCUCUAGGUGCUCGUGUGUCUCCCCCCCUUGGUACUGCGUCGACUGCCGCACUGCACACCUUCACACUGGACUCAGGUGCUUCUCGAUGCUUCUUUCGUGACCGCACUGCCCUUGAGCCGCUUGCUCGGCCAGUUGCUAUCUCCCUUGCUGACCCCUCUGGGGGUCCGGUCAUUGCGACCUCUUCCACUGUCCUUCCCUGCCCUGCGGUCCCGUUGGGCACACUGUCAGGUCUCCACCUCCCCUCGUUCUCUACGAACUUGGUGGCAGGAUGUGCACUCCAGGACGGGGGUGUUCACCAGUUCACCCCUGCCUACGAGCGCGUGACACACUGCACGUGUGCUCGUACGGGCCGUCACUUGGCUACCUUCACUAGGCAGCCGGGGUCGGACCUGUACACACUGACUACUGAGUCCCCUCAGGUUGCUGCAACUGCGUCCGCGUCCGCGUCAGGUCAGCUGUCCGCCCCCUGCUUGUGUCGCUCUUUGGCACACGAGACUGUCCUCUGGCACCACCGCCUUGGCCACCCGUCUGUGCAGCGGCUUCGUGCCAUGCACUCCCGGUACCUUGUCUCUGGCCUGCCCAGGGUCCUUCCUGCCCUCCCACCCUCGCCUGCUCCUACCUGUCUCCCUUGUGUCGAGGGACGGCAGCGCGCCGCUCCUCACUCCUCCUCGUUCCCCCCGACGACUGCUCCCUUGCAGACACUCCACAUGGACGUGUGGGGCCCAGCCCGCGUCCGUGGUCAGGGUCAGGAGAGGUACUUCCUGAUAGUUGUUGACGACUACUCGCGCUACACCUCGGUCUUCCCCUUGCGCACCAAGGGUGAGGUCCCUGAUGUCUUGAUCCCUUGGAUCUGCAGAGCCCGUCUCCAGCUCAGCGAGCGUUUUCACUCGGACUUUCCUGUCCUGCGCUUGCACUCUGACAGAGGUGGUGAGUUCUCCUCCGACCUCUUGGCAGCCUACUGUGCUGAGCACGGCAUUGAGCAGUCGUUCACGCUUCCGGCUUCUCCACAGCAGAAUGGGGUUGCGGAGCGCCGCAUUGGCCUGGUCAUGGAGGUCGCCCGUACCUCCUUGAUCCAUGCGGCUGCCCCCCACUUUCUGUGGCCGUUUGCGGUCCGGUACACUGCGCAUCAGCUCAACCUCUGGCCCCGUGUCUCCUUGCCGGAGACCUCGCCCACGCUGCUGUGGACGAGGGAGGUUGGCGAUGCGUCGCGUUUCCGGGUCUGGGGGUCUCGAGCUUUUGUCCGCGAUUCGUCUGCGGACAAGCUCUCCUCCCGUGCUGUUCCCUGCAUCUUCCUCGGCUUUGUCCCGGACGCGUCUGGUUGGCAGUUUUACCACGCCACCUCGCGUCGAGUCUUGCCCUCCCAGGACGUCACUUUUGACAAGUCCGUCCCCUACUACUGCCUCUUCCCCUACCGCACUGCCCCACUCCCCCCCCCCCGCCUCUCUUCCUCGCGCCAAGUAGACCCGGUUGAGCCUGUUGAGGUAGCUGUCGACUCUCGUCCUGCUGGGGGUGCUGAGCCUGGGGGUGCUGAGCCUGGGGGUGUGGAGACUGGGGGUGUGGAGCCUGGGGGUGUGGAGCCUGGGGGUGUGGAGCCUGGGGGUGUGGAGCUUGAGGGUGCUGAGCUUGGAGGUGUGGAGCCUCGUGGUGCUGAGCUGCGGAGUCCGGAGUCUGGGGGUUCUGUGUCUGGAGGUACUAGGCCUGGGAGUCCUGCACCUGGAAGAGCCCUCUCCUCGGAGCAGCUGCGUGCGUGGUACUUAGAGUACUGCAGCCUCCGGAGAGGUACCGCUCGAGCCGGACGUACUACUGGGACUGGUGCAAGUGCUUCUUCUCCCGUUCGGGAGCUCCCCUCCCGCGAGCGGAUCCGUGAGUGGUACGAGCGGCGCUGCACUCUUCGGAGUGGCGUGCCUUGUGUUACGGACCUCGCUGCUGUUGGAGCUGCUGCUGGUGCUGAGGACCCGGGCGUUGGAGCUGCUGCUGGUGCUGAGGACCCGGGCGUUGGAGCCGCUGCUGGUGCUGAGGACCCGGGCGUUGGAGCUGCUGCUGGUGCUGAGGACACGGGCGUUGGAGCUGCUGCUGGUGCUGAGGACCCAGGCGCUGGAGCCGCUGCUGGUGCAGAGGACCCGGGCGUUGGAGCUUCUGCUGGUGCUGAGGACCCAAGCGUUGGAGCUGCCGCUGGUGCUGCGGACCCGGGCGUUGGAGCUGCUACUGGUGCUGAGGACCCGGGCGUUGGAGCUGCCGCUGGUGCUGAGGACGUGGGCGCUGGAGCUGCUGCUGGUGCUGCGGACCCUGUUGCGGGUGUCCCUGCUGGCUCUGGUGUCGCUGCUCGGUCUCGGCCGUACUUUGUUCCGCUCCUUCAGCAGGUUCUUGGUCAGCUUCCUCCUCCUUUUUCUCCUCCCUCCUUAGCGUGUCCUCCGCCAGUCCAGCUUCAGUCGGCGUUACCGUCUGCCUCCUCUCUCCCUGGUCCUGCUCCUUACACUGGUCUGACUGGAGGUCUUACUGAGCAGCGUGAGCCUGCGUCUCGUCCUGCGUCGCCUGCGUCUCGUCCUGAGUCGCCUGUCCGCACUGCUCUCUCUAGUAGUCGAGUCCAGCGUCAGCGUCUUCCUGCUGUCCCAGGCACUCGCCGGAUGGCGCUUCGUCCGUCUACUGCUCCACAGCGUGUCCCACUGCCGUCUCCUCCUGCUUCCUCUCUUCCUGCUCUUGCUGACCCUGGGUCAGACUCUCUUCGUGCUACCAGUCCUACUGUCACGCGUCUCCUGGCUACUAUUGUCACUGACCCUUCCUUUGAGUCUGCUGUUGCGUCUGCCUUAGUUGCUGAGCUUGUCGACUUUGCUGCUCGUUGUCGUCUAGACUACGCUGCUAGCCUAGUUGCUGAGUCUGAAUCUGUCUGUCCUCCGUCCGUCGGGGGUGAGUGUGCUCUUGGCACUGACGUCCUUGAGGACACGCAGGACGAGUUUGAGUGCUUUGCUGCCGCUUUGCCCCAUCUCGUGUCCAUGCUUGUUGCCCCUGAGGGAGACCCGGAUGCACCAGACAUCCCGACCCCACGCUCUUACGCAGAGGCGAUGGCCGGUCCCUACUCCUCUCAGUGGCAGUCAGCCAUGGACACAGAGAUGGCUUCCUGGAAGUCCACAGGCACCUACGUCGACGAGGUUCCCCCACCUGGGGCGAACAUCGUCAGUGGCUUGUGGAUUUUCAGGGUGAAGCGGCAGCCGGGCUCUCCGCCUGUCUUCAAGGCGCGUUACGUUGCACGAGGCUUCAGUCAGCGAGAGGGAGUUGACUUCUUCCAGACCUUCUCCCCGACCCCGAAGAUGACCACUCUUCGGGUUCUGCUGCACGUCGCCGCUCAGCGUGACUACGAGCUCCACUCGCUUGACUUCAGCACUGCUUUCCUGCAGGGCAGCCUGCACGAGGAGAUCUGGCUGCGCCGUCCACCUGGCUUCACUGGGUUGUUCCCUCCUAGUACCCAGUGGAGCCUCCGACGGCCAGUCUACGGUCUCCGCCAGGCGCCUCGUGAGUGGCACGACACACUGAGGACUACGCUUGCGGCUCUUGGGUUCGCGCCUUCUACUGCUGACCCGUCGCUGUUUCUACGCACCGACACCUCACUGUCGCCGUUCUACGUCCUUGUGUACGUCGAUGACUUGGUCUUUGCUACUGCUGACACUGUGGCACUCGCCCACGUGAAGUCGGAGCUGCAGAAGAGACACACGUGCACAGACCUGGGUGAACUGACAAGCUAUCUUGGCUUGCGGAUCACCCGGGACAGAGCACGCCGCACCAUCACCUUGACUCAGUCACACAUGGUGCAGCAGGUCCUUCAGCGCUUCCGCUUCACGUACUCCUCGCCUCAGCCCACUCCUCUGCCUACCGGUCACUCGCUCUCAGCUCUGCCUUCGGAUGAGUCCGUAGAGCCGAGUGGCCCGUAUCCAGAGCUUGUGGGUUGCCUCAUGUACCUGAUGACUUGCACUCGACCAGACCUUGCAUACCCUCUCAGCAUUCUUGCACGCUAUGUCGCUCCCGGCCGUCACCGGAAGGAGCACAUGGAUGCAGCUAAGAGGGUGUUGCGCUACUUGUGCAGUACGUCGGGCAUGGGGCUAGUGCUUGGAGGGCGAGUCCCAAUUGUUCUCACUGGACACUCAGACGCUUCUUGGGCAGACGACCAGGCUACUCUGCGGUCGUCUCAGGGUUACUCCUUCAAUCUUGGCUCUGGUUCUGUUUCUUGGCGUUCUACUCGCUCUUCUUCUGUUCUCAGCUCCAGUUGUGAGGCUGAGAUCUACGCCACAGCCAUGGCGGCCCAGGAGCUACGCUGGCUCACCUACUUGCUGACCGACCUUGGAGAGCAGCCUCGUUCUCCUCCAGUGCUGUACGUCGACAACAAGGCAGCCAUUGCCUUGUGUGAGGAGCACAGACUGGAGCACAGAACGAAGCACAUUGCUCUGCGUUACUUCCUUGCUCGAGAGCUGCAGCAGCGUGGUCAGCUUCGCCUGCGUUACGUGGCCUCUGAGGCCAACAGUGCUGAUGUGUUCACCAAGGCGCUUCACCCUUGUGACCAUCAGCGCUUUUGCACUCUUCUAGGCCUUGUGCCUACUGGACCUCACUUGCUUACUUCUUGA